UGUAGUCCAAAAUUAAGGAAACGAUCGCCGUUUGCGUUCUUCUUCUUCUCCCUUCACUCUCUGUACUGUGCUUGAAGUAAAACCCUAGAUUAGAUUACCCAAAUCAAAGAAAACACAAGAGAAAAUAUAAAAUGGUAAUAGAGAGUUUUGUAGUGGUACACAACAUUGCAAAACGACACAACGUAGGCACAUUAGCAAGAACCGCUACCGCAUUCGGCGUCACGGAGCUAAUACUCGUCGGCCGGAGAGAUUUCAACUCCUUCGGUAGCCAUGGCUCCACUUCUCAUCUUCGAUUUAGACAUUUCCACUCUCUUCUCGAUGCUCGCAAUUUCCUCAAGGAAAAGGAUUGCGAUAUUUGUGGUGUGGAGAUCACAGAAGAUGCUGUACCUGUAAAUGAACAUCCGUUUAAGAAGAGUACUGCAUUUCUUCUUGGAAAUGAGGGAACAGGGCUAUCUGCUAAGGAAUGCGAGAUGUGUGAUUUUUUUGUAUAUAUUCCACAGUAUGGGUGUGGUACGGCUUCCUUAAAUGUCACCGUUGCUGCUUCCAUUGUUCUGCAUCAUUUUGCAGUUUGGGCAGGGUUUUCUGAGAGAAUCCGUGAAGGAAAUAAGUUUAUUGUGGCAGAAAGACCUAUGAAACAGGGGAAAUACUGCACAGAAACCGAAGAAUCUAUCAUCGAGGAGAGAAAAUCUAGAAAAGAACAGGCUUGUAAUGGUUUUUUUGAUGAGACAAAAAAUGGAGACUCAACCUCAAAUCUUCUAGACACUUUGUUUGUGGAGUAAUUGAACAUAUAAAUGUUAUUUAGCAAGUCUGAUAAGAUUGUAACACAUUGGUGCUAAGAAAUUAUUGAGAUGUGAGGUAGUUCAUUUA